AUGACUAGAGUGCCUCAGGUUACGAAGGAUCACCUGGUAAAUGACGAUGUAACUUUACAGGAAUCUUCAAUCGAGCAUAUUCUAUCCAGUUUAGAUGAAGACAUGUUUGUCAAUGAUUCUAGCCGGACAACAUUGCAAUUGCUUUCUCAAAACGCUUCUAGUCUUAGAAGAGUUGAUCUUAGUGCACGAUUUGCACUUCCGUUCAAUGGAGUGGCUGAGCUUGAUGCUGAAGGUGCACUAUUCUUGCAAUGUUACCGGGAAAAGUACUGCAGUUUUGUUUCGAUUGCGCCGGAGAAGCUGAAUUAUUUUCUAAAGACCUUUUUCAGUCUUGCCAUGCAAAAGCAAUCUAUUCUCUAUGCAUUGACCGCAUGGGGAGGGUUUUUUUCGGAACUCAUCAAGCCUGAGCGCAACUUUUCCAAGCCGUGGUUUUACAUGCAAAAAGCAGCCAAGCUGAUAUGUGAAGAAAUAGGCAGUAAUUUAGAGCCGUCCAACAAAGAAGAGUUCUUCACACUUUUCGCUUUCUACCUUAUAUUUAUUGGCAUUGAAGUGUGCACGGGAGAUGUCAAGGUAUGGAUCGAGUUCCACCGCCGGUGUUUCCGGCUAAUCAAUUCCGUCGGAGGACUACUGUGUGUUGCUGAGCAAUUUGGUCACAGCAAUAACAUAAAGUGGUUGAUCUCAGACUUUCAAUUUCAUGAUGUGCUAUCUUCAAACGCGCUUACAGGAGGGACUCAUUUCAGUAUUGCUGAGUAUGAGGAGAUUCUCCACGAUGACAAUGAGUACGGUAUAGACCCUCUUCAAGGCACCAUCACGCCCAUAUACAAUAUUUUGGGAGAAAUUGCCAACGCCAAAGUGGAACUACUGAAAAUGCUGGACCGCAUUAAUGAGCUCGAAGACAGCGGACAAGAAGCAUACGUCGAGAGGGCGCAGUAUUAUGAAGAACUGGAGAGAGUAUGGGCAGAACUCAAUGCCAAAAUUGACCAGUGUAGUCCAUGGCCAUCACAUAUGCGAAUGUUGGCACAUGAUCAAAAUCAGCUCAGUCUCCACAUGGCACUUUUUGAACUCUACACAUAUGUGUGUCGAAUCCAGUUGGGUACGUCUAUUCUACGGCUUGCUCCUUCUUCCAUUGCCCAACAGCGACUUUUACUAAAAGCAUUAGUACUUGUGGAUUUACUUCUCGAUACGCCACUCAAUGUGUCACUCUCGCUCCUGCUUUUAGUAUGCGGUGUCACGUGCUGGCGGACAUACGACCGCGCCCGCAUGAGGUUCAGAUUUGAACACCAGCAGAACCCAGUACGAAAUAGGCAACUCGAGAAGGAUUCAAGAGGUUGUCGAAGGUGUUUGGUUAGAAAACCCAAACGGCGAUGUUUGCAUAGACUGGGCUGA